AUGAAGGGCGUUGACACGCAAUCAGCAAGAAAGCGUGCGCAGAAUUUGUCGGACAAAGGCUCGUCCAUCAACAUGGCAAUCAUUUUCAACGUACCACUCUCCUCAUCAUCAUCGUCAAGAUCUAAAUUCAACUCCAGAAAUUCCCACAUUCUCUUCCAGAAACGGUGUCCUUUUCCGAAUCGGACAAUCGUUAACUCCUCCUCUGCGGCUGGAAAAGCUCCGACGCUGCUCCACAAAUUCAACCCUAGGAUCCCCGUCGAACAAGCCCUAACUCCACCCAGCUCCUGGUACACCGACCCCUCAUUUCUUGCCCUUGAACUCGACCGCGUCUUCUACAGAGGCUGGCAAGCUGUUGGAUAUACUGAACAGAUAAAAAAUCCCCGGGACUUUUUCACUGGCAGGUUGGGGAAUGUUGAAUUUGUGGUAUGUCGAGAUAACAAUGGCAAGCUUCAUGCUUUUCACAAUGUGUGUCGACAUCAUGCCUCUCUUCUUGCAUAUGGAAGUGGGCAAAAGUCUUGCUUUGUAUGCCCAUAUCAUGCCUGGACAUAUGGGCUAGAUGGAGCCCUCCUCAAGGCAACCAGAAUAACAGGAAUAAAGGACUUCAGUAUAAAUGAAUUUGGGCUUAUACCUUUGCGCAUUGCCACUUGGGGGCCAUUUGUUCUUCUCAAUAUAAACAAUGACGUUUCACCUCAGCACGAAGCUGAUAGCAAAAUAGUGGGGAAGGAAUGGCUUGGCAGCUCUUCAGACAUUCUGAGUAAUGGUGGAAUUGAUACUUCACUGAGUUAUGUUUGUAGACGUGAAUAUACCAUUGAAUGUAACUGGAAGGUGUUCUGUGACAACUACUUAGAUGGUGGCUAUCAUGUGCCAUAUGCACAUAAAGGUCUUGCUUCUGGCCUUAAGCUUGAGUCCUACUCCACAACAACGUUUGAAAGGGUUAGCAUCCAAAGUUGUGAAGGUGGUCCUGGGGAAAGUGAAGAUGAUUUUGAUCGACUUGGAACAAAAGCUCUAUAUGCUUUCAUCUAUCCAAAUUUCAUGAUUAAUAGGUAUGGUCCUUGGAUGGACACCAACCUGGUUCUCCCACUUGGACCCAGGACAUGCAAAGUGGUAUUUGAUUACUUUCUUGAAGCUUCCCUUAAGGAUGACAAAGCUUUCAUAGAAAGAAGUCUAGAAGAUAGUGAAAGAGUACAGAUGGAAGAUAUCAUACUAUGUGAAGGCGUCCAGAGGGGCCUCGAGUCACCAGCGUAUUGCAGUGGCAGGUACGCUCCUACUGUCGAGAUGGCCAUGCACCAUUUCCAUUGCCUGCUUCAUGAGAACCUAACUAAAUGAUUUUCUCUUAUGUUCUAGUUUGAAAUUUCUUGAAGUUCCAUUGUGUGUUCCGUACAAAAACUCUUUUUAACUUUGCUCACCAUCAAGCUUAAUAUUUCAUAUAAUAACGGUGAACACAUUACUGGGCAAAAGAUGGAUGACUGACACAUUUACCAUAACAUAUCACACAACAAUCCACACAAAACAAUAUAAAAACAUAUGAAAAGGUGUAUACGUCCUGUAUGCUUGAUGGCCUUUGCCCUUUAAUAUAUUUGCGAUAUUUAUAAAAAAAAAACAUAUGAAAAGGCAGCUUGGUUCAAGUAUUUCUUCAAAAUCACUCCAAUGCAGAAACACCCUUUCACAAAUUUUCACAACAUUUUGUACUCAGACAUUAGCACAAUAUCAAUAAAAAGCAAGGUUCAAUGUCUAAAACAACAGAACCUUGCGGGUAGCCGGUUUUUCCACAAUCCAUGUAAUAACUCGAGUGGCUAAGGCAUUACAGCAGUUAGGCAAGAUACAAAAGUGGUGCUGAGAUCCCAUGUAAACCGUGCACCCAACAGAGGAUAAUUGACUUUGGAGCUUGUAUUCUUUAUAACGUGUUGAUGUCAGUGAAUUGUCAAGCCUUCUAUCUACUUACUAACCUACGAGACAAGCAAAUGUCAGAGCAGUCUUAAAAAAAGUGCUUCCUGAUGCUCAAACAUGAAAUGAGUUGAGACUUACUUUGGGAAUCUCGCCUGCGGCGACAUAUCCUUGUAAAGAACUUGCUAAGAGGAGUUUUUGGGACUGGCAUCAGUUUUCCAAGAGCCGCAAGAGGCCAACUGUUGAAAAAUCAGGUGAAGUAGCUAUGUCAGGUAAGCUCACCCUGAGUUGCACUGAUACUUAUAUGGUGUUCUUACAGUUACUGUUUGUUUUGCAACUUAAAAUGGGAUGCUAAAACAUCCUUGUAAGUAAUAUGACUUGAAAUGUUUAGAAGGCAACAGCAUUACAAGUAAUCAAACUUUACCUGAUAAUACCAAUACCGAUACAAACAAGCCAAAGCUGCCAAUUCAAUCUGACAGUUGAUGUAAACUUCCCAAGAAAUUCGAUGAUAAGGAUCUGAAGCAUAACAAGUAGAAGAUAAGUAAAACCGUCCACAAUACAAAACCAGAAGACCCAACAAAACACAGAUGAAGCUACUGAUAUCUUACCUGAAGCACGAGAGUUAUUCCCACUAUCCCAAUAAAAAGACGGUUGGUAGUGACUCCUUUGAAUACAUUAAUUUCAUCCGGCUUCCGUGCAUUAAACUCAUUGAAUAUCUG